CCAAUAUGAGGUGGUAGCCGAGCCCACUGAUUGGCGGGUCUUGUGUUUUUGAAUCGUAGCUUUCAGAACGGAAACGAUGACGAACUCACAGGCGGAGAUGGAUUACGCAGAAAUCUACACUGCAUCAGAUGCCUUGGACGGUUCCACCAUCUUUCACACAAUCUACGACGUCGUAGGGUUCGUGCUUUACAUGCACCAGCAAAUCCCCUCCACGGUGCAGGAUAUGAGCGUCGAAUUUGACGAAAUGCAUUCGGAGUACAAGCAGCUGGAGACGGCUUUGGGAACUGAAGUGAAGCCAUCGUUUCGGAGAAACCACGUUAGCAAAAUGAGGGAUAUCAAGGUGGGAAUCAAAAGAAUGGAUAAGUUGAUGAAUUCGCUUUCGAACAUGCAAACUGCCUUUAAAAUUAUGAUCAGCGAGGUUCCCGCCAUAGACGGUGUCGUUUUGGCUCUUGGAGCUAGCCCGCUUCGACCGCAGCAUAUUUAUGUCUUGAAUUUUUCCCAUGGGAUUGAUGUUUCCAAGGUUGCCGAUGAUUUUGCUAGGAGUAAAGCGGCUGAGGGUCUUUCGAGAAAGGCCAUUCGGACAUUGAUAUCAAAGGGUGCUGGCUCUGUCACCUAUCCGGGUCCUAUCAGAUUGUUUGUGUUAAUUAAGGCCCCUUCUUCUUUCAAUCAGCCUAUGCAUUUUCUGCCUAAACGUGAUUUUAGGUAUAGCAGAAAGGUUGUGCCUCUCGGGCUACAGUUUAAGUGCCGAAACCAGGAUCAGGAAGUGGCCGCCACUACUUCAGAAGAUUUGAUCUGGUUUCAAUGUCGACAUGUGAUAAAAGGCCUUGCAAUGAACACAACACCAGACGAAUGAAAUCCUCAACUUCAAAUUAAGGUAGCCAAGGGUGCUUUUCAUCGGUGACAUGUAAUGGGUUGGAGUCUGGAGAGCACAGUCUGCACCACCCUCAAGGAAUUUAAUUUUCAAAAUGUACAAGGAUUAGUUAAAUGUUAAAUUUCAGUUGAUAAGAAAUAUGUUAAAAAAUAUCUUAGAGUUAAAGUAUAUUACUAUCGUUUCCUCGGGUGGAAUAUGUUCUUAAAUAAUUUCAAUUGUCGGUAAUCAAUGUGAAGAUGUAAUAAAUGUAA